AACAUAAAUGUCAGGUAAUUUGUUGUGGUGACGAUGCGCAACCUCCACCAUUCUUCGGAGAAAUGCCACAUAAUUGGUUAAAAGAGCAUGCCGAUUAUUAUGAAGAAGUCUUGACUGAUUAUCGGGCCAAAUGUCCUAAAUUACGUGAACUCAAAAAAGGAAUGCGUCGUAAAAAUAAUCGGGUGCAAUCAGAAUUAUUUCGUGGAGCAAUUCCAGUUAUAGAAAAAUGGAAAUAUCUUGAAAAGAAAUGGUCUCCCUCAGAUCGAAUUUUAUCAGCACAUCGACUUUCUCGAAGACUUGCAUCACAAAUAUGUCUCAAGCUUCAUUGUACAAAAUAUUCUGAAAUUCCAAUUCCAUUAAUUUAUAGGCCAAAAGAUGGGCGCAAACAAAACUGCCUUGUUCUAAUCCCUGGCUCAUCUGAGAAAAGGGAGCUAGUAAAAAAUGAUAUAAUACACUUACCCUUAAAUACACUUUCUGAUAAAUUCUUACAAGGCAU